GGGGAGUAGCCGCCUGAAAGAUAUGACGGCAACAAGCAAAGCACGAAGUCAUCUCCCUAUUCCUCCCUCUUCACGCUUCUUCUUCAUCUUCUUCUUUCUCUCUUAAGAUUCCUUCAGAUUCCUUCUUCCAUGGCCACCGUCUCCUCCUCUCUCUCUUCUCCCUGGCCAAACCCCAACCCUAAUCCCGAUUCUACGUCUGCCUCUGAAUCCGACUCUACUUUUCCCUCGCACCACGAUCGUGGAGACGACACCGAGUCUCUCGACUCCUUCUCCUCCAUGAGUCUCAACUCCGAAGAUGUUAAUCGGAAUUCUGAUCGUAUUCCGGAUUCCAACCGGGACCUUAAUAUUCAAACCCCUAUUUCUCCCCCUGCGCCAAAUUCACCGGCGACGCCUCUUCCGUCCUUGCUCUACCUCUCAUUUAACCAGGACCACGCUUGCUUCGCUGUCGGCACCGAUCGCGGCUUCCGGAUCCUUAAUUGCGACCCAUUUCGCGAGAUUUUCCGGCGUGAUUUCGAUCGUGGGGGUGGGGUUGCCGUCGUGGAGAUGCUGUUCAGAUGCAAUAUACUAGCCCUUGUAGGUGGUGGACCUGAUCCCCAAUAUCCGCCAAAUAAGGUCAUGAUUUGGGACGACCACCAGAGCCGAUGUAUCGGCGAACUCUCCUUCAGGUCCGAUGUUCGAUCGGUCCGGCUUAGGAGGGAUCGGAUUAUUGUGGUUUUGGAGCAGAAGAUUUUUGUGUACAACUUCGCGGACCUCAAGCUGAUGCAUCAGAUUGAGACCAUCGCGAACCCUAAGGGCUUGUGCGCCGUCUCUCAGGGUGCUGGUUCUAUGGUGUUGGUGUGCCCAGGUUUGCAGAAAGGGCAAGUUCGGAUCGAGCACUACGCCUCUAAACGCACCAAAUUCAUCAUGGCUCACGAUUCGAGGAUUGCUUGCUUCGCUCUCACGCAGGAUGGGCAUUUGUUGGCCACGGCCAGCUCCAAGGGCACUCUUGUUCGUGUGUUCAAUACUGUUGAUGGCACCUUGCGGCAAGAGGUUAGGAGGGGUGCAGACAGAGCGGAGAUAUAUAGUUUGGCCUUCUCUUCAAGUGCUCAGUGGCUAGCUGUCUCAAGUGACAAAGGAACUGUCCAUGUCUUUGGUCUCAAAGUCAACUCCGGCUCUCAAGUGAAAGACACACCCCGAAUUGCAUCUGAUGUUACUCGCUCUGCCUCAUCCCCGUCUUCGUCUCUGUCAUUAUUCAAAGGAGUAUUGCCAAAGUAUUUCAGCUCGGAGUGGUCGGUGGCUCAGUUCCGGUUGGUUGAAGGAACUCAGUACAUAGUCGCCUUUGGUCAUCAGAAAAACACCGUUGUUAUUCUCGGCAUGGAUGGGAGCUUCUACAGAUGCCAGUUUGAUCCGGUGAACGGUGGAGAAAUGUCUCAGCUCGAGUAUCACAACUGUCUAAAACCGCCUUCUUCAAGUUGUUUAACGUCAAAUGACAAGACACCACGUGGACUACUCUCGCUGAUUAUACCACGUGUACACUCACGGAUCCUCAUACGCACACUAACGACGCAGGUAUAUGGAGACCAAAUGUCAGUGUGCGUGGCACGUGUCCUUCUCUGCCUUCACGAGAAGAACACUGAGUUCGAGCUUGUCCCCGUCAAUCUCUUUGCUUGCGAUCACAAGCUCCCUUCUUUCCUAUCCAUGAACCCCUUUGGCCAAGUUCCAGUUCUACAAGACGACGAUCUCACCCUUUUCGAGUCGAGGGCAAUCACGGCGUAUGUAGCAGAGAAACACAAAGAAGAAGGAACGGAUUUGACAAGACACCAAGACUCUAAAGAAGCAGCGAUUGUGAAGUUAUGGUCGGAAGUGGAGGCCCACCACUUCAACCCGGCGAUCUCCGCCGUCAUCCACCAGCUCAUCGUCGUCCCACUUCAAGGCGAGAAAUCUCCUGAUGCAGGCAUCGUGAAGGAGAAUCUGGAGAAGCUAGAGAAAGUGCUCGACGUGUACGAAGAGAGACUUGGGAAGACAAAAUACUUGGCCGGAGAUUCGUACACGCUCGCUGAUCUCCACCACGUUCCCUACACUUACUACUUCAUGAAGACGAGUCAUGCCGGUUUGGUCAACGACCGUCCUAAAGUCAAGGCUUGGUGGGACGACCUCUGUUCUCGUCCGGCUUUCCUUAAAGUCUCUCCUGGCUUGACCGUUGCUCCCACGACCGACUGAUCGAAAGACUGUCUCUCUACGUCUUUGGUCUUUUCUUUUUUUCUCUGUUUUGAUGUUUCGUUUUGGGUCAACAUUGGUUUUUCUUUUCUGCAUUUACUACUUUCCUAAAGCUUUUACUAUCGUGAUCAAAGUUUACUUGUGAAUGUAAACGCAA